CGCCAGCGGAGCCGCAGUUAAAAUGGUCCGAGCCGGACCCCGCGUUCCCCCUGCAGCCGUACUGACUGACUGAGCCGGCAGGCUCGCUCCCUCCGUCGCGUCCCCAAAGCUCGCGCCCAUCGUUCUCCCGGCUUCCCGGGGCAAAGCAUGUAGCCCCCAUCCGGCGCCAGACCGGCCCGCAGCUGACGCCCACCCCCCCCCACCGUCGCGUGUGUGCCCGUGUGUGCGUGUGUGUGCGUGUGUGUGCGCAAGGCGGGCGACCCCGCCGCCCGCCGCGGGCCCGAGGCCCAGCCAGAGAGGGGCCUGCCUCGCUGCCGGGAGCCCGGCUGUCCGGGCCUCCCUACUUCUCUAUCCCGGUCCCCCUCCUCGGGGCCUUCUAUAUGGGCCACCUUCUCUCGAAGGAGCCGCGUAACCGCCCAAGCCAGAAGAGGCCUCGCUGUUGCAGCUGGUGCCGCCGCCGCCGCCCUCUCCUCAGGCUGCCCCGCCGGACCCCGGCCAAGGCGCCCCCCCAGCCGGCGGCGCCCCGGAGCCGGGACUGCUUCUUCCGCGGGCCCUGCAUGCUCUGCUUCAUCGUGCACAGCCCCGGCGCGCCCGCCCCCGCCGGCCCAGAGGAGGAGCCGCCGCUCUCGCCGCCGCCGCCGCGGGACGGGGCCUACGCCGCGGCCGCCUCCUCGCAGCACCUGGCGCGGCGCUACGCGGCCCUGGCCGCCGAGGACUGCGCCGCCGCCGCCCGCCGCUUCCUGCUAUCCUCGGCCGCCGCCGCUGCCGCCGCCGCCGCUUCGGCCUCGUCGCCCGCCUCCUGCUGCAAAGAGCUGGGGCUGGCCGCGGCAGCCGCCUGGGAACAGCAGGGCCGGAGCCUCUUCUUGGCCAGCCUGGGGCCCGUGCGCUUCCUGGGGCCGCCUGCCGCCGUGCAGCUCUUCCGGGGGCCGCCGCCGCCGGCCGAGCCCCCCACGCCUCCCGAGAUGGUGUGCAAGCGGAAGGGGGCCGGGGUCCCCGCCUGCACCCCCUGUAAGCAGCCCCGCUGUGGCGGGGGGGCCUGCGGCGGCGGCGGCGGCAGCGGAGGAGGAGGAGGACCUGCGGGGGGAGGCGCCUCGCCGCCGCGGCCCCCCGACGCCGGCUGCUGCCAGGGCCCAGAGCAGCCACCGCAGCCUCUCUGCUCCCAGCGCUCCUCUCCCACUUCGGAAGGUGCCCCCACAGAGGCCGGUGGGAACGCCGUCCGAGCGGGGGGCACCGCCCCCUCGCCCGCCCAGCAGCACCACGAAUGCGGCGACGCGGACUGUCAGGAGACCCCCGAAAAUCCGUGCGACUGUCAUAGGGAGCCAUCCCCCGAAACCCCAGACAUCAAUCAGCUGCCGCCAUCCAUCCUGCUCAAGAUAUUUUCCAAUUUAUCCCUGGAUGAGCGUUGCCUUUCUGCAUCAUUGGUUUGCAAGUACUGGCGUGACCUUUGUUUAGAUUUCCAGUUUUGGAAGCAGCUGGAUCUUAGUAGUCGUCAGCAGGUCACUGAUGAAUUAUUGGAAAAAAUUGCAUCAAGAAGUCAAAAUAUAAUUGAAAUCAACAUUUCUGAUUGUCGCAGUAUGUCGGAUACUGGCGUGUGUGUUCUAGCAUUUAAGUGUCCUGGACUUCUUAGGUAUACAGCCUACAGGUGUAAACAGCUUUCUGACACCUCUAUUAUUGCGGUAGCUUCUCACUGUCCUUUACUUCAGAAAGUUCAUGUAGGCAACCAGGACAAACUUACUGAUGAAGGACUCAAACAGCUGGGCUCAAAAUGCAGAGAACUCAAAGAUAUUCAUUUCGGCCAGUGUUACAAGAUCUCAGAUGAAGGCAUGAUCGUCAUAGCUAAGGGCUGUCUGAAAUUACAAAGAAUAUACAUGCAGGAAAACAAAUUAGUGACAGAUCAAUCGGUGAAAGCAUUUGCUGAGCACUGUCCUGAACUUCAGUACGUUGGCUUCAUGGGUUGUUCAGUUACUUCUAAAGGAGUCAUUCAUCUAACCAAGCUAAGAAACCUUUCCAGCUUGGACCUACGUCAUAUCACUGAACUGGAUAAUGAAACCGUGAUGGAAAUUGUCAAGAGGUGCAAAAAUCUAAGCUCUCUCAAUCUCUGCCUGAACUGGAUCAUAAAUGACAGGUGUGUGGAGGUCAUUGCAAAGGAAGGACAAAACCUGAAAGAGCUGUAUUUGGUGUCCUGUAAAAUCACAGAUUAUGCACUGAUAGCCAUUGGGCGAUACAGCAUGACAAUAGAGACUGUGGAUGUUGGAUGGUGUAAAGAAAUUACAGACCAAGGAGCCACCCUGAUUGCACAGAGCAGCAAGUCUCUGAGAUAUUUGGGGCUGAUGAGAUGCGAUAAAGUCAGUGAAGUGACAGUGGAGCAGCUGGUGCAGCAGUACCCCCAUAUCACCUUCAGCACCGUCCUGCAGGACUGUAAGAGGACCCUGGAGAGAGCCUACCAGAUGGGCUGGACCCCCAACAUGUCUGCUGCCUCCUCCUGACAGCCCUGCCCACGCUUGGGUCCAUGUGGAUCAGCCAGCAGGGCGGAGAGGAAUUGUAGAGUUGGGGUGGGUGAUCUCUUGCAAAGGUUUUGACUGUCCCAUGUCUCCAUGUGUACCCGAGUGUGUUUAUCUGUGUCUCGUUUGCAUACUGCGUAGCGUAAGCUCAAUUGCUAUUUUGUUCCCAGGUGAGCUGGUUUUUUCCUUAAAUAACGAUUUUGACAGGCACAGACCUUUAGUUUUUAAGUUCAAAGGCUUAUUUCUCUAAAAAAAAAAUUUUUUUUUUUUUUUUUGCUGUAGAAUCAAAAAAAAAAAAAAAAAAAGGAUCCAUUAUUUUGAGCUUCUAAUGACUGCCACUGGAGAUGCCCCCAAACGAAGGCAACUGCCUUCUUUUUUGAUGGGAAAGAAUUGUGCAAUUCUACUGAUGAUGACUGGAAAGGAGCCACGUUGCGCUAAUUAGAAGCCUGGAAACUAGUACUUUUCAAGAUUUCAAGCACGUACACACAUAUAGGUUCUCAUACUCUCUCAUACACACACACACCCCCACAGCACUUUCUUUCUAGAUCAUUUUCUGACACAGGGGCCUUUCUCCAGGCCACUGAGGGAGCAUGGCAUCCACUGUCACUCUGCCUAACUCACUGUCCCCACAGGUGGCCCAACCUGCUUGUCUGGUGGGCCACUUAGGGACUAUAGGGGACAAAACCUUUUGUGAAGUUUUCAUAUGGAGGCAACAAUCUGAACUCCCCUGACCAGCUCACAAAAGUUAAUUAUUCAUUAUUGUACAAAAUUCUGUUGAGUACUAAGUAUUUUGAGUUUCAUGUUAACAUUGUAUUAGCUUUUAUGAUACAAUGGAUAGUAACUGGUCUGGAUAUGUUUUAAUGAUAUUUGGAGCUACUCUUAGCAUUAUCCACAUUAAAGCCACCAGUGUAAUUACUAGUGUGCAGUUAUUUAAAAAAAAAAAAACUCUACAGAUCAUUUAAUUAUUUUUGUUAAUUUUGGUAAUUAUGAAAGUAUAUUUCUGAGAUUUGGGGCUAGUCACGUUAAUAGAAGGUUAAUGAGUGAGAUAUGAGUAGACAAUCUUUCUAUUAAGUUUUUUUUCUUGCUUUGGGCUUUAGAACAGAUUUUUUGGAUAUAUGCAUGUUAUCAUAUUUUGAAUAAUUGUUAUGCUAUGGCAAAGAUCUGUUGCUGGUUAAUGUAUGAGUUAAGAAGAAAAAUUAGAAAAUCUUUUCAUUAAGCUUCUGUUUACACUUGUCAGAAAUAAGCAUUUCUUUGUUUAAUUAAAGAUUGCCAGUUUUCAGUUUAGACGGUAUCUAUUAGUAAAUGAAUAUAUGUUUUGAUUUCACACAUCUUUAUGAGUAAUUCAUAUUGGGGACUCAGGCUCAAAUAACCUUUCCUAUGUCUAGAUUUAUAAUCAAGACAGCAGGGAGGCUUUUUAAGCUAAAGAGUGAUUGUCUUUCACAGUAGAGUUAGAUAUACAAAACCCUGACUUGUGAGUUUGCUAUUUAUUCUCUCCCAAUGUGGACAUAACUGUUUUUUGGUCUUUAACAGAUAUGCUAAGAUUUGAGAUUCACUUUAUAUAAGUCCCAGUGUUGCUAAAAUGAUACUAGCUGUAAGAAAUGAAAAAUAGCUUUACAUUCAAAUGCCGUUCACUUAUUUAUAAUAACUCUUUUUGUGUAAACAACUUUCCUUUGAUUAUGUCGACCUGUUUCUGAUGUGGCAUGUUUUUGCUUUUAAUCCCAAUCAGUCUGGAAAAUCUAGUCACUAAGCACCGAGAGUAUUUUUUCCAUCACUAAAUGGCUUACUAAUUUAAUUUCAAGGGAAUAAAAUUUAUGUAAGAAAAAAAAGCUGUUUACUAUUAACAAGCUGUAAUUCUUCUUAAACGUUAAACUGUCUCCCCUUCAUGUUCAUUUCCCCACUACUGAAAACGAUCUUAAUUCACAAUAUUUUAACUGAUUUUUAAUCCAAAACUAAUUUAUAAGACAAUAUGUAAAGUAAUAGUAGCUUGAGUGAAUAAGCAAAAGUUUAAUUUUUAUAUAUGUCACACUAUAUUUUAAAUAGUUAAAAAAGACAAAAGGAAGGAGAACCAUCAAUGAUAUAGGCGGUGCCGUUUCAGUCCAAAGUUGUGAUAAUCCUUGGAAUGUCACAGUUUGGUUGUCAGAUGGUUUCAGAAGUGUGUAAUCAAUUUUUUUUUUUAAUGUUGCGUUGUUUGAAUCUCAAGUACAGCACUAUAACAUGCUUUAGCUUGGGGGUGGGGGUGGGUUGGGGACUUGCACUUAUUCUUUAAGAUGUUGACUAAUCCAGAAAGCCUGAUGCAUUAUAACCUGGAAAACUGCUUUGGUGUGUUUGUAGGAAUCUGUAGAAACAUCACAUCCAGCCUCAAAGCAUUAAUCACAAAAACAACCAGAAAAAGCAUCACCUUGAAUGAUGCUGUGAUGGUUGUUGAAUGUGCUCUCAUUAGAUGCUUUGAAAUAAGGCUUAAAAUGAUUUUUCUGGGCAAUAUAGAGUUUCUUUUUUUGCUUAGAAUGUCAUAAAUAUAUGUGAACAUGUUUAAUGCAGGGCUUUUUAUCCUCUCCAAAAUGUCAACAGUAUUUUCAGAAUAAAGACUAUGAAAUAUAUUGCUGUGGUGGAAAAUUCUGGUCCUUUGUCUUUAACGUCUCUUUGAGUGGAUAAAGGAAAUUCAUCCAGUUUCGAGUUUCUAUAUUUCUGUGAAUCUUUUGACCUUGCAAUGGGUUGCAAUAAAAGAGAAAGAAAACA